AUGAAUUUGUUGUACCAAAGAGUGCUGGAAUCAAUGGAAAUGACCACAGGGGACAGUGGCAGGAGAGUAGCUAAGGCCAUCCUCAAGUGGGUGUCUUGUGCUAUGAGGCCGCUGAGGACGGAAGAACUCACUGGUGCGCUGAAUUUAGAUCUUGGGGACAAGUAUGACGCACUCGAAGAAAUGACCCCAAAAUUAUGCGGCCAACUCGUUGCUAUCGACAAGUUCGGCAACGUUCAAAUUGUACACGAGACUGUCAGAGAAUAUAUCACCGGAGACGACCUGCAAUCCGCUUUUGCCGUUAGCAAGUCGCAGGCGCAUACGAGGCUCGCCAUGAUAUGCUUGAGCUACCUCACAAAAUCCAACGUCCUUUCGUGGAUUGAAGGCAUCGCUCGGACCAGAAUCCUUACUCCAAUAAUACAAGCAGCGACAAAUCUCCGGGCGUACGUCAAAAAAUGCGAUGCGCCUAACUCACAAGAACUCCAAGCGAUUAGGGGAGCUACCACGGAUCUAAUCCGUGUGAUUGCGAAGUUUUCUGACGCCCUUACAGCUGCACCAGCCUCCAUCUAUAUCUUCAUCCCCCCCUUUUGCCCUCGCACCUCUACCCUAUACAAAGCCGGUAUGAGAUGUCGGACAACAAGUCUAUCAAUAAGCGGUUUAUCCUAUGAUCACUGGGACGACCGUUUGACGUGCAUAGACCUUCAAAGCGAUGAGUUCACAAGCAUUGCUUACGGGGACGAGCUAUUCGCUGUGGGGACAACAUCCGGAGUUGUCACUAUUUAUCAUGCGACUUCAUGUGAAGAACACAAGGUUUUGAAUCAUGGGGAGACCAUCCGACUGUUACAAUUCAGGCCAAGGUCUGACAUUCUAGUAUCAUGUGGCUUGACGAAUGUGACGGUCUGGAAUAGCCGCACAGGGGCUGAAAUGUACAAACUCCCGGCUCCGUUUCGACCCAUAGAACUUCAUUUUGACAAUGACAUACUUGUGGUGGCAUCGAGAAGAAACUUUUUGAGGUCCUGGGACCUGAACAGCAAUGCCACACCACAAGCAAACAAGCCUUGGAGUCAUUCGGAUGCAGAAACACCGAAACCUUCCAGCCUUCAACCAUGUGCAAUUUCCUUCUCCGCUGGACAUCAAAAACUCGCCGUGGCGUAUGUUGGUCAACCUGUCACUAUCUGGGACCUUGAAUAUGACGAAUACUAUGGCAGCUGUGGAAAAAUGCUUGUCAAUGGUGAAAUCAGUAAGCAUCCAGUGACAUCGCUCUCCUUCAACCCAAAUCCUGACAUUCGACUUCUGGCUGUUUCAUACCUUGACGGCCAACUUACCCUCCUUGACCCUUUCGAAGGAGAAGAACUGGGGAGCUUUCGGGCCAACUGCCGUGCCUUGACUUCGAGCCCGAAUGGACGUCUACAUGGAGGUGUGGGUGCAUGUGAGACUAUCCAUAUAUACGAAUUCGGCACAUUGAAGCUGCUUUACAGGAUCAGAUCCUCUGAGCUGGACAUCAAACAGCUAGUUUUCAGUCGAGACAACUUCCAUUUCGCUGACAUACGCCGGUCUCAAUGCAAUAUCUGGGAGCCAGCGAUGCUACUGCGUGAGACGGUCGCAGGCGAUUGGGGUGAGAGCACCUCAAUGUCCGUAAUUGAGGCAACUACAUCGGAAGAUAAAAUCAGAAUCAGUACUAUGGUCCUUCACGAUCAAGACCAGGUAGUCAUUUGUGGCAAGGAUAACGGCUCAGUCUGUCUGCACGACGCUCGAACAGGCGCCUUUUUACAAACGCUUCAUCGACACAAGUGUCAAGUUCGUAGUCUCACUUGGCAGGGUGGCAAUCAUGUUGCCAUGAGUGUGGAUAUGGCGAAUCGGAUACAUGCUUCCAUUUUGACAAAGGGCCCAGGAGGAUGGGCAUCAACUGAAUUUCCCCUCCAGCUGGAUUGCGGUCACGCGAUUGUCCAACUUCUCAGGUCUGAAUCGACCAAUAGGUUCAUUCUUUCAGCACGCGAGUCAGAUUAUCUAUGGGAUGGCAACGGAAAGCAGAUUGCCGCACGGCCAUAUCUGGAGAAACAAGGCGUACGACUAUGGAUAGAGCAUCCUCUAUCCGAAUCCCACGCGAUAUGUUUCGAAGGGGAGAUUGCGCGCAUCUUGUGCUGGGAGGACUGCUCGGAAGUUUCAUGCCGCCAGCUCGCAGUGAAUAUGGCAGGCCUGCAGUUGAAGAGCCUUCGAAGAUACAGUUCAGGCCACAAAAGGCGCAUGCUUCUGGAACUGACUGAGCUCAAUGGCUCUUCCAGGACCCGCGGCCUCUAUGUGUUUGAUGCAGCGUCGUUCAAGCUUGAAAAUGAGAUGCCCGCGGCCAAAAGGGCGGAACGAGAGAAAGCUGGAUUCAACAGACUUAUCGAUAUGGAUAUCCCGGCCGUUCAAGCAGCUCUACCAAGUGAGGUCAAUAGCUCUCUGAGUGAUCCAGUAGUGGGGGAAGAAACAACACAGUCCUACCCACAACAACAAGUUACAGACCCUCUCUUCCGCCCUCAACUCAUGGCCUUAAGUCGCCACGUCUCCCAUAUAAUCCACCUGAGUGACACGGGCAAACUUGUCUUCCUAGACACAAACUCCUGGGUCAGCUCUAUCGAUCUCGAUGGCUUUGAGAAAUCUACCCCGGCGACGGCACCGGCACCAGCACCAGAAGCGGUUCCAGGGCCGCGCUCGACAUCGCCGCCAAUCCAGUAUUCCAGACACUUUUUCGUGCCCCAUGACUGGUACUCAGGCACGCGAGACAUAGUCUCUGCCGCCACCGCACGGGAUGUCUUCUUUGCACGGAACGGCGAAAUCGCGAUUAUCAAGAACGGCAUGGAAUAUUAUGAGGAGGUGACGGUUGGAAUCUCUGUGUAA